CCUGAUUGGGUCGCGUCGAGUAUUAGCUCACGCUGCGCGUUGGUGUGUGAGGGGGGAGUUAUUUUUUGUUUUGUCGUGUGUGGGAGACGGAUGAGUUCUCGAUACUCGAACCUAUUUUUUUUGAAAGCACAUAAGCUAAAGUCUGUUUUGAGUGGGAGGAUUUUGGCUUUAUAACCGAACGGGCCAUGUUCACCGACGAGUUGCGGGAGGCCGUAUCGGUCGAGUCGCGCUGGAGGAAAGCUCCCGAGCUGUGUGACGCAGUUUGUCAAACGGCGGAGGUUCGACGCGCCGAAGCCUCAGUGCAGAUACGACGUAGCGCCAAGAUCAGUACGCAGACAGAAACGCUCGAGUACCGAGAGCAGCGGGCUAUCGAUAGGAACACGGAGCCUUCGAUCGAUUCCCCGCGCCUGGCCCGUUUUCUCCGCCAGGUGGAACCGAUGGUGAGCAAGGAGUUAAUGAAGAACAUCAAGAGCCACGCCUUUGAUGGAUUUGAGGUCAACUGGAUAGAUCAGCCGCACAACGUUUCAUGUUUACACGCGCUCUAUUAUCCAGAAGCUCAGAAGCGACAUCUGCAUGUUACUGGCGUGUCCUGGAAUGUGACGGGCUCUGUCAUUGCUUGUGCAUAUGGCAGGCUGGAGGAUGGUGACUGGAGCACAGAGAAGUCCUAUGUGUGCUCCUGGAAUCUGGAUCGGAGAGGGUUGAACCCAGCGCGACCAAAUACUGUGAUUGAUGUUUCUAGUGCUGUCAUGUCCCUGGCAUUCCACCCAGUAGAACCCUCUUUGAUUGCUGGUGGUCUUUACAAUGGAGAAGUUUUAGUGUGGAACAGCAGUAAAACCGAUGACCCUUUAAUUGCUAGAUCAGGAAUGUCUGAGGAUACCCACCGUGAGCCUGUUUAUCAGGUGCAUUGGAUCCAGAGUUUGAGCCGCAGUAACCGAAUUCAUGUUCUGAGCGCAAGCACUGAUGGGAAGAUUCUGAUUUGGCAGAUGGAUGGGAGAGGCCGGCUGGUACUGCACGAUGGGUUUGCCCUGGUCAUACAGCAGAUGCCGCGCAAUGUCAAACUACACAAGGCUCGUGAGGACACUCUGUUUGGUGUGACGUCUCUCUCUUUCUCUCACCUGGAUAAGACCAUGUUCAUUGCUGGUGUGGAAGGCGGUUAUGUGUUGAAAUGUUCAACUGAAGUUCUGACUCGUGCAGCACUGAGCUCUGGCUCUGUUCCAUUGAAGGCUCCAGCUCAGUUCACCUUCUCCCCACACUGUGGUCCUGUCCAUGCUGUUGAUUGCUCGCCAUUCCACAGGAACCUCUUCCUCACUGCCAGCACUGAUGGGCAUGUCCACCUUUACUCCAUGUUGCAGGCCAAGCCAGUUCUUUCUCUUCAGUUAUCUCAAAGUUACCUCUUCAGUGUUAACUGGUCUUCCAUCCGACCUCUAGUCUUUGCUGCAGCUACGGGAGACGGAACUGUGUUAAUUUUUGACCUUGGGCAGAGCUCUCUAUGUCCUGUAGUUUCUAUUGAGCAGACUGCAGAAAGGAAACCAGUUUACUGUCUGGCAUUUAACCCAAAGCAACCUGAGCUUCUUGCAGCUGGUAAUUCGGAAGGAAGUGUGAAAAUCUGGCGGCUGAGUGCUGAACUGACAAACCAAGGACCAAGGGAAAUGACUCUACUUGAGCAGCUUGCUAAUGAAGUAGCAGAUUGACUAAAGACCUAGGGAGGCCGGCUGGUGAAUUUUUGAAGUGUAGCUGGAGGAUUUUUCCAUCUACCUUCAGUGUUUACAGGUUGUACAGUAUAGGCUGAUUGUGUACAUCAAUAUUUUUAAUUUUUCAAAUACGUCUGUUGAAAGUUUAAUGCUAAAAUUUCUAAAUGUUUUUAUUUGCUUAAGAAUAUUUAAAUAUUACCCCCAGAGUGGAGAGAAUAUGGUAGUUGCUACCACAAGGAGUAGCUGAGGCAAAUACUAAAGAUACAUUUAAGGGCAAGUUAGAUAAGUAUAUGAGGGAGAAGGAAAAUAAAGGGUUAUGCUGAUACAUAGAGUGGAGGAUGCUUGAGUGGAGCAUAAAUGCAGGCAUGGACUUGU